AUGACUGGACAAAAGACUCUUUAUAUCUCAGGAUUCAGCCAACGUUCCCGUGCCAGGGACCUUGCUUAUGAAUUCGAAAGAUUCGGCCCUCUUGUCCGCUGUGAUAUCCCUGCCCUCCGCACAAGCUCGUCAAGACCAUCCUCUCCUCGUCGCCGGUCGUCCCACAGUCCUCGCGAUCGUGAACGUGGCGACCGUGGCGACCGUGGUGGUGACCGUGAACGUGAUCGCAGCGGCGACCGCAAGCCACGCUCGCCAGCUGCUGGCCGAGACAGUGCUGCUGACAAUGACCGCAGACGUGGUUCAGGAUCGCGCUCUCCCGCUCGUGCAGAACGCAGCAGCAGCAACAACAAUGGAGAGAACAGCAUCGAAGGAGAAAGUGGUAGAGGCGGUUCAGGAAAGCGGGAUGAUGAUUCGCCUGAGGGCGCCGGUGCUGAUAGACGACGGGACUUGGGGUCUCGUUCUGCGACCCCUGAACGACGUGCUCUACAGGAUGGUGACCGUUCUCGAUCGGCUUCGCCUCGUCCGAGGUCCAUCUCUCCCAGAGCGCGCUCUGUCACUCCUUAG